GAUGGAUAACGCUCCGCCGCUGGAAGCGGAGCUGGACCACCACCGGCUCCUCAACGCCUCCCUGAAUGAGUCCUUCUCAAACCAGUUCGUGCAGCCCCCGUGGCAGGUGGCCCUGUGGGCCGUCGCCUACGCCCUCAUCGUGGUGGUGUCGGUGGUGGGGAACGUGGUGGUGAUGUGGAUCAUCCUGGCUCACAAGAGGAUGCGCACCGUCACCAACUACUUCUUGGUGAACCUGGCUUUCGCCGAAGCCUCCAUGUCCGCCUUCAACACGGUGGUGAACUUCACCUACGCCAUCCACAACGAGUGGUACUACGGGCUGCUCUACUGCAAGUUUCACAACUUCUUCCCCAUCGCCGCCGUCUUCGCCAGCAUCUACUCCAUGACGGCCAUCGCCCUGGACAGGUUUGGCUGCAGCACCUUUCCUGGGAGAUCGAACCUACGUGGAGAGGAGAAGACAACCUGGAGGUACCCAUGGUACAUGGCUAUCAUCCAUCCGCUGCAACCCCGGCUCUCGGCCACGGCCACCAAGGUGGUCAUUGGCGUCAUCUGGCUCCUGGCAUUCCUGCUGGCUUUCCCCCAGGGUUACUACGCGGUGAUGGAGGAGCUGCCGGGCCGCCUGGUGUGUCUGGUGGAAUGGCCGGAGCACAGCAGCGACAUGUAUGGAAAAACGUAUCACUUCUGCAUGACCAUCCUGAUCUACUUCUUGCCACUUCUGGUGAUAGGAUGCGCCUACACUGUGGUCGGCAUCACCCUCUGGGCGAGCGAGAUACCCGGCGACUCCUCCGAUCGCUACCACGAGCAGGUCUCAGCUAAGCGGAAGGUAGUGAAGAUGAUGAUCAUUGUGGUAUGCACAUUCGCGCUGUGCUGGCUGCCCUACCACAUCUACUUCACCCUGCAGUAUUUCAACUGGGAGUGGUACCUGCAGAAGUCCAUCCAGCAGGUCUACCUGGCUAUCAUGUGGCUGGCCAUGAGCUCCACCAUGUACAACCCCAUCAUCUACUGCUGUCUCAAUGACAGGUUUCGCGUGGGGUUCAAACAUGCCUUUCGGUGGUGCCCAUUCGUCAGCGCCGGUGAGUAUGAGGGCCUGGAAAUGAAGUCAGCCAGGUACCUGCAGACCCAGAGCAGCAUGUACAAGGUCAGCCGGAUAGAGACCACCGUGUCCUCGGCGGUUGGCACAGCCGAGGAGGAGCUGGAGGAGAGCAGCAAGGCCAAGCGUCUCUCUGUAGACAUGACCUCCAACGGCUCUUCCCGCAGCGACUCCAAAACAGUCUCCGAAAGCUUCAGCUUCUACUCCAACACGCUCACCUAAGCAGCUCCCUGGCCGCUCACAAGGGCGCCACCAUCCCCUUUCCCUCACUGGGAUGCCCCAGCGCUCAAUCCACCCAGCGUCAUCACCCCGGUUCGUGAUGUGCCGGCUUUUUUCUGUGCUGUUUUACCGUCUCUUGCUGUGACGCUCGCUCGCCAUCCUUGGGUGAGCCCGAGAGCAAAAGCUUUGGAUUAGUUUCAUAUGCUCCACCAUGGCUCAUGUCCGAACACAAGAGAGGUUUGGCUGGUCUCCACCUUGCUCACUGCCUGUCCAACCCACCAUGUACCAGGCAGGUGGAUAGGAUGCAGAAAUGGGACAGAGCUGGGUUUUUCUCCUGAACAAUAAGUACAACACUGGCAGGCGCUUCCCUGCUCUCUGCAAGGCAGCAGGGAUCUCCUAGUGCAUCCCACCCCACAAGAAAAUGAACCAGUCUUGCACUUUCCUCCUUCCACCUUUAAUUUCAUUCUCGCUGUCACUCCCAGUAGAAUAUCCAGAGGGGUAUUCAAUUCAAAAAUCCAGCAAAAAAAGGCUGUUUUCAACUUCAGGAGCCUGUAACAUCCAUGGGGCACCACCAGCCACUCGGCACUUCAACUCAGAUCCAGGCAUUUCUCUGCAGUCUCCAGUCAUCUCCGGCACCCGCAUCCCUCUGCACGAUGGUCUUUUGUUGCCACUCCACAACAUAGCUCACCAAAACAGGGCUCUCAAAAAGGAUUUCUGAACUGAGACAGACUUUGGUUGCUGUUAAUCAACCAUAUGUGCCAAAAGUAAUCACUGUGAUUUCCUAAAAGGCCCGAGGUGACGGCUCUUGGUUAGAUUUGGGAAGCCUGUGGAGGUCUGGAGAAGAAGUGACUGACCGUACUGAAACGUUUUUCACAACCUGGAAAUGUCUAGAGCUGCACAGAAAGGGGCAUGGUAGGUUUCUGUCAGAAAAACAAAGUUUUGCCAGUAUACAAGGUUUGAAGGGAGACAAGAAUUUUGCAGGCUUUUUUUUUUUUUUCCGCUCAGAGGAGGGUUGAAAUGAUUCACUUCCGCUUUCUGGAUUUUGUUUUAAUCAGGGAAACUUUUUUCCUUUUCAUCCCCCUGUCUUUUGCAUAAAACAUUAAGUUUAUGAUGUGUACCUGAAUAUAUCUAAUAUUUUAGUCUUGUUAUGAUGGACAAUUUUCACUGGGGCUGUUCAUACCAAGGGCUCCUUUGGUCAACAAACGUAUGAACAUAUAUUCAAAGGGGGGAAAAAAAAGGUAAAUAAAAUGAGAAGUGGGCAAACUUGGCUUGUUGGAAAAAAAGCCACAAGUUUGGAGGCAUUUCGGGGGCGGUUGUAUCGACUGCUCCUUGCUGCUGGUCCAGUCUCUUACUUUUGGUGUAGAAAUCAGACUCCUAAAACGGAUUCACUGCAAGACAGAAACGCUGGAGAGAUGCACGGCAGAUUUGCACAGGGCAAGGAAACGGCUCAUUCAUUUUAACGCAGCCGCACAUCAGGCCCUGCUGAGCACACAGCAAUUUCUGGAAGUAAAGCAGAGAUGACUUUUGGAGCUUUUCAACUCUUCAGCCUCCAAACUGGCUGUUGGAAGAUCCAGUCAUCAAUAAAUCCCCAGCCACGAUGGUUCUCAGAGAUAAACACACACACAUCUCAGCAAUGACUCCAGCAGCUAUUAAAUGAAUGGGCAAAUAGAUGGAUCCAAGAGCAACAAAAUGGCUGCAAAACCAGACUGACAAAAAUUAUCAUCUUCGUUUUUACCCAAAAUCCUGCCAAGUGCCAUCAGGGAGGAGCAGAUCUUCCAGCCACUUUCGUGCUCUUCCCGACUGCCGUGACUACGCAACAUACGAAAUGCCACGAGCUUCACACACACGCUGGAAUACGCUAUUUUUUUUCCUGCUUAAACUUCCACUUCUCACCGUUCUUGUCGCCUUAAAACAUAUUCCCUUGCCGCUGCCUCCCGCAACCCUGCGGUGUGGAGAAGGGGGAGUGGCACAAGCCUGCCUGGGGAUUGGGUUU